UACUAGUCGAUUUUUACAGAGUAGUUCGAAUCUAGUUGUUGGCGAAGUUGAUUUGUAGUCACGCCCUGGAGCAUAUAUGAGCCAUUCAAUAGAAGGUCGUUAUGUUACUCGUACUUGGUAUAAUUUCAUCGUAAAACGACUAUCGUCUCGCGAACAUAUCGAGACGAUAGGGUCGCGCGCGAUCAUAAUACUUAAUAAUAACAAUGAAUAAUAACAACGACUAGAAAAGAAACAACAAACAUGUACCCGGAGGAGAUCCGUCAUGCUUGGUCUGUGUAUUUGCGCGAUCUCGGACUGUGGAGUGCCGGACAGCGCGUUGAGGAUGUACGUGCGGGCGUUCGCACCGUAGCCUUUUUUCUGCGAGCUAUCGGCAUCGUCUCAGUCGGGCCGCACGUUUCGUCCACUAGUGUUAGUACUUCACGGGAUGUUCAUCUCGAGAAUCGUGCGCAUGGCAGGAACAAAGGGAGCAGGAGCAACUCAUCUCCAGUUCGGUUUACAAGCGGGUCCACGUUUGAGGAGGUAACUUCAUCCCCCGUGAAGUUUUUCCAACACGAUCGCAACUUGUUAAUGUACCUUUAUCUGGAGAGCAAGCAGCGAACGGGCUCCGGAAACGAGGAAGGCCAUUUUGCAUUAAGGAUUGGAACAUGCAUCUGUAGUUUUUAUCAAGCCUGCUGAGAUGAAGGUGGUGGAAAAGGAGCUGUAUCCCUACUAUCUAUAGUAGAAAGAUGUAUAGGGGCAACUCUCAAUCUCUUUCUCUACUAGUACAGCUAUAGUAGAUAUAGAUCUCAACAUAGGAGCAACUCUCAUCAAUCUCAACAACACGACGCUCUAAUUCUCGCCGACGACGUGGUGGAGAUCGUAGAAGCCUUGACGAAUUCGGAAGUGGAGCGCGUGCGCGUUGGUGCGGCGCUCUCGCGCAUGCCGUCCAAGGGAGCGUUCCUAGAUACGGCGCGUUCGAUAGGAUUGUUGCCAGGCCUCAAAUUGGCUAAUGCAGAAAUGGAAUUUUUAUCGUUUUUACUCGAGCAAAAGGAAGAGCCUGGAAAAACCGACGCAGCAGGGAAAGAAGAAAAGUCCUGCUCUGCCAGCAAGGAAAUAUUCUCAAGCUCAGGACAACAGAAAAACACAAUGCAAUCGAGGACGAAGAAAGAUGAUGAAUCGUUUGCAGCUAUGCUGAAGUACCUCGGUUAUCACUGACCAUAAUGUCGACGGGUCUUGUCAACGGCUACUUUUCAGUACUCGCUGAUUGGUGCAGAUUUCUCGGAAAGUGCAC